CUGUAAUGAAAUUUGCACCGGGGUUACGUCAGUCACUUGACGAUAGAGUGUACUUUAUGAUUGACGGUUACUGGAGAUAAGAGCACUGAUAUAAAUUAAAAAGUAACAGCACAAUGUCUCAGCAUGCUUUGCUCUCACUGGGGACCUACGGAUGGCGCUGCCUGUCCUGCUCCAAGACUGAACUUCGCCUGGACCUGACAUUAGACUGUGGGCAAACAUUCAGAUGGUGCAAGACAGGAAGAGGCCACUGGACAGGAGUGAUGGGGGGACGAGUUUGGACUCUAACUCAAACAGAGACCCAUUUGUGGUACUAUGUGUACAGACGCCAGGGGGAUCUGGAUCUCAGUGACGGACGGAAAAGGAAAAACCCGGACAACUCGCAACGGUCAGGGAAGAAAUUGAAAGAAAUAGUUAAAGUGAAGGAAGAGAAAGAGGAUGUACCAAGUAUCUCUAUGUUGACCCCUGAGCAGGAUGAUAGAGACGAGGAGGUGCUGAGAGACUAUUUCCAGUUGAGCGUUAAACUGGAGGACUUGUACAAAAAGUGGUGUGAUGCAGAUCCACAUUUCAGCCGCAUAAGCAACAACUUCCCAGGAGUGCGCAAGGUGCGCCUGGACCCUGUGGAGUGUUUAUUCUCGUUCAUCUGCAGCUCGAAUAAUAACAUCUCUCGGAUUCACACAAUGGUCGAGAGUUUGUGUAGGACAUUCGGGACAUACCUUUGCAAGCUCGAUGACAAAGACUAUUAUAGCUUCCCCUCAAUCGAGAAAUUAGCAGAGAGUAAUGUCAAGACACAGCUAGAUGAAUUGAGUUUUGGCUACCGAGCUAAUUAUGUACAGAAAAGCGCGCAAGAGAUUAUGAGGUCCCCCAAUCCUGAUUGGCUCCAUUCACUCCGGAACCGCUCCUACGAAGAGGCCAAAACUGAUCUCAUUAAACUUCCUGGAGUGGGCCGAAAGGUGGCUGACUGUGUGUGCUUAAUGUCACUGGACAAGCCUGGAGCCGUCCCUAUAGAUACACACGUAAGGCAAAUUGCAAAGCGCGACUAUGGCUUUGUUCCAGAGAAAGGACAGAAGACUCUGACCGAUAAAGUCUAUAACGAGAUUGGGAAUUUCUUCAGAGAACUUUGGGGAUCACAUGCAGGCUGGGCUCAGUCUGUUUUGUUCUGUGCUGAUCUAAAGAAGUUUCAAAAACUGAAAGAAAUCCAGACUAUAAAAGAAGAAAAGAGUGUGAUUGUGAAAAAGGAAGAAGACUAAGAUCAGUCCUUGUGCUGGACAGUUUUCUUUUGAUGGGAAGAAAAUUCCCAGGGAUAAAAUCAGGUUUUUACUAUCAGUGACUGCUUGUGUUGGCAGAAAGCGCAAAUGCUAUCUAUUGUAUUUUGGUGUAUUUCAGACUUUAGCUUAGAAAGGAAAUUCAAUCACUACAGAGCGUGCAUGUGUACCACAAUGAGGCUGACAUCUACAGUUUAGCUUGACUCCUUGCUACAAAAGUUAAGCAAAAACCUGUAAACUGAAUUUGUCUUUUUUUUUCAUCAAAAGAAACAACCAUUUGUAAAAGCAGAUAUGCUGAAAAAGAAAGUAUACAAAAAGAAAGAAGGUAACUGUUACUAUUGCUUUCUGUUGGCAACAGCCAAGUGAAGCCUCAUGUCUUGUGGGCAAAAAAAAGGCAUUACUUAAUAAUUAUGUAAAAAUGUUUACACUGGACUUUUUCUUUAUGAUUACUUUUACUUUUUUUGCUAUUGUUUAGUGCACAGGAAGUGGGAAAAACUAAUUAGUGAACUAUCAUUAUUCUUACACUCUCUCCUAAAUCUCUCCUGACAGAACCAACAUAAUUUAUAAAACUUAAACACUACGUUGGUUAUGUAAACUUUCUCAUGUCUUUAUUCCCCAUAAAACAAACCACUCAUUGCUCUUCCUGAUUCCUUAUGUUGUAACACUUUCUAUGGUCUGUAUCCUGGCAAAUAUACAUGAAAAUACCUUGUGUCUACUAGAACCCUUUUGUUUAACUAGAAAAUGCUAAUUUAUUUCCUAUUGUUUGUCUGUCUGCGGGUCUCUUUAUAACUUACAUAUUAAAAACUGGUUCUUUUAAUGUAUGGAAAUGUACAGUAACUUACAUACUGUAGGGCACCUUGACCAAAAGUUAAAAUAUGUUCUCUUUGUUGAUAAUAAACAGAGAUCUUACAGA